AUGAGACACGCUUGGGACGUAUUGCUGAUUACGUCGAUUGAAUUCCCUGCCACUGUCCAUCAUGGAACCAAUGCUCGCAACGAAAACAAAGGUUAUUUGCAGACGUACGGUAUAUGGAACAAUCCAUGCGCCAUUGCUACUGACGCUGGUACAUUAUCACUUGAAUUUAUUAGUCAUCGUGCUGGUGAGCUAAACGGAUCGUCGAGUAGCCAUAAUCAGCCUGCGCUCCGUUGCAACUGCUCGGCCAAAUUGAAGUUGCAUAUUAAAGAGUCAGAUCCGACAACGAUUGUGAUCGAGUACGAUUGGCGCCAUACUGGGCAUGAGGUAUGCUGGAGGAAUGAUUUGAUAACAGCACCUGGAGGACGCAGAGCACGUCAGUUGUUAGAAAAGAUGGUCGAUAGUAAGAUGUCCUGGGUUGCCAUCGAGCAUGCACUUCGGGUGGAUAAGAAUCAACUACAACGUAUAAAGGCAAGCAAGUACCGCGAACUUCCAGCAAUUAAACAGAUCCCGUACUCGAUGCAUGUGGAUAGUGGUCCAAGCCAUUAUGACGAUGACAAGGGCGACAUCUAA